AUGCUUCGCCCAUCAUCAUUACUGACGUCCCUCCUCGUCGCCGUCUGCUUGCUAUGGGGGAUUGCCGAAGCUUCACUCGGCGACCGGCUGCCCGAGUUCCGAGAAUGUGUCCAGGUCUGCGCGCGUGAGAACUGCGACCCGAACAAUAAUCCAACCCAUAUCCCCAUCCACCGCCGCCUGCUCCUCUGGACCUGCCCACAAGAAUGCGACUACACUUGCCAGCACAUCAUAACGCAACAACGCCUAGCGACCUCCCAACCAAUAACCCAAUUCCACGGAAAAUGGCCCUUCAUCCGCGUCCUAGGCAUACAAGAGCCGUUCUCAGUGAUCUUCAGCCUGGGUAACCUCGCCGCGCAUAACUGGGGACUCACCAAGCUGCGCCGCGAACUGCCGGCCUCGUACCCUCUCCGCAAAUACUACAUCAUGUUCGCCUUUUUCGGCGGCGCUUCCUGGGUUUUCAGCACGCUAUUCCACACCCGCGAUUUCGCUGUCACCGAACAACUUGAUUACUUCGCGGCCGGCGCUUCCGUUUUGUAUGGCAUGUACUAUACCCCCGUGCGCGUCUUCCGCCUCGAUCGACCGACGCCGAGACGAGAAAGCGUGUUAAGACUAUGGACUAUACUAUGUUGCAUAAUGUACAUCGCGCACGUUGCAUAUCUUAAGCUCUGGAAAUGGAAUUACACGUACAAUAUGGCAGCCAAUGUGACCGUGGGCCUAGUCCAGAACGCGCUUUGGAGCUACUUCAGUUGGAAGAGGUGGAAGGAGAACCGUCAGACUUGGGCUAUCUGGCCUGGUGUAGCUGUUGCCUGGCUUAUGAUGGUCAUGAGUCUAGAGUUACUCGACUUCCCACCACUAUGGGGAGCUCUAGACGCUCAUAGUCUAUGGCAUUUAGGGACGAUUGGCCCUACUAUAUUGUGGUACAACUUCAUGGUUAAGGACUCCCAAGACAAUAUAGCAAACGGUGCCAAAUUGAAGGAUAUCAAGGCUUGACAGACGACGUAUCUAGUCUGGAAGAGUUGGCUAAAUGGGAGGCUUGGUGAGUGCGACUAUUGUAAUGAUUGCGUGCGGCAUAGUUUAGGGCGUU